AUGGAUCUGGCUGCUCAUGGCUGGCUGACGGAUCUGGCUGCUCAUGGCUGGCUGACGGAUCUGGCUGCUCAUGGCUGGCUGACGGAUCUGGCUGCUCAUGGCUGGCUGACGGAUCUGGCUGCUCAUGGCUGGCUGACGGAUCUGGCUGCUCAUGGCCGGCUGACGGAUCUGGCUGCUCAUGGCUGGACGGCUCUGGCGGAUCCUGGCUGGCGGAAGGCUCUGGCUGAUCCUGUCUGGCAGAAGGCUCUAGCUGAUCCUGUCUGGCGGAAGGCUCUGGCUGAUCCCGUCUGGCGGAAGGCUCUGGCUGAUCCCGUCUGGCGGAAGGCUCUGGCUGAUCCUGUCUGGCGGACGGCUCUGGCUGGACAGGGCUGACGACGCACCCCGUAGGCUCGGGGCGUCGAGCAGGGACAGGCAGAACCGCACUGGGGACACACACCCCUGGCCCUACACGGGGAUCAGGAACGGGCCGGACCGGACUGGAAACACCCCCCAGUACCUCUCGCCGUGCCUCCACACUUUCCAUCCCCUUCGUAACCAGUGGCCCCCUUAAACUGGCGGCCAUAUCUGCCAACCUCUUGCACUCCUCCGGGCCGUACACCUUCUGCCCCGACGUCGUGAGCCCCCCCCUAAAAAUUUUCUCUUUAAGGAUACUGGGAUAGUAUUAAAAGUAAUCAUUCUUUCUACUACCCAUCUACCCCCCCCCCCACAAUAUAUCUACCCCCCCCCCCCCAAGAAUAUAUAAAAAAUAAUAAAUAAUAAUAAUAAUAAAAGAACAUUAAAAAUAAAAACAUUGUAAAGUGGUUGUCCCACUGGCUAUCAUGAGGUGAAUGCACCAAUGUGUAAGUUUAGCGUCUGCUAAAUGACGUAAAUGUAAAUGUAAUGAAAAGUUGCUGGAGGGAGCGGGAGCAAGAAAUCAGUAUUGCACAGACUGCAGUGUGUGUGUGUUUGUGUGCAUUGGGGUUUUGUUCGCAUUCGCAAUUGUGUCGAUAUUCUAAGCCAAACUGCCUUUCAUUGUUUUUGUUUUGUAUGAAUAACUAGGCUACUGCGUUCAGCAUUCAGUUUGCAUUAUUACUGUGUGCAUGGCUGCAUUCACAUACUGUAGGCUGUUUGUAAUAGGUUAAUUACCCUAUCUAUUUGGUAGCCUAUAUUCAUUGCCAAAUAGGCCUCUCUUUAGUGUGUAGGGCGCUGUCAAUUGUGCUGAUACAGCGCAGCGGAGAUGGGCUACAGAUUUCACCCUAACCUGUCACUUCAAAAGCAAUCAAUGGGGCUAUUCUGCUUCCAUUGGUCCAGUGGCCAUUGUUAAGGUUUACCAUUUACCAAAUGCCAGGACAUUUUAGCCAAAAACCUGGUUGCCUCAACAGGAGUCUGACGUUCAGCCACAAGUGGAUCUUCCAGCAAGACAAUAACCCCAAGCGUAAAAUCCCUACCAAUGUGCUCUUUAAUCUCAUAAAACAUUUUAGAAAAAGGCUGGCAAGGUGAGCUAUUGAAAAGAGGGGUGGCAAUUAUUUUGAUACCUAUCUUUGUGAAAAUAAAUGUAUUACUUAUUAAACAACAUCUCUUUCACUGUAUUAGUGUAAAAUAAUAUAGUUUUCCCAUUUUUUGAGCAGACAAUAGAGCUCAGUAUUUGUAUUCUUUAUUUUAUACAGUCAUUUUUGCUAAUCUUGCUAAUCUUUUACAAGGAUGCCAAUCAUUUUGUAUCUGACUGUAUCACAUACGCUUUGAUUAACGCGUUCACUAUUUUACCUACAUUUCGGGCAUAAUAAAAUAUAAGGGUGUUUUACAAUAAACAUUAUCUAUACUGUGGCCACUAUUAACAGAACAGGCCAAUUACAGUUGAAGUCGGAAGUUUACAUACACCUUAGCCAAAUACAUUUAAACUCACUUUUUCACAAUUCCUGACAUUUAAUCCUAGUACAAAUUCCCUGUCUUAGGUCAGUUAGGAUCACCACUUUAUUUUAAGAAUGUGAAAUGUCAGAAUAAUAGUAGUAGAGAGAAAGAUUUUUUCAGCUUUUAUUUCUUUCAUCACAUUCCCAGUGGGUCAGAAGUUUACAUACACUCAAUUAGUAUUUGGUAGCAUUGCCUUUAAAUUGUUUAACUUGGGUCAAACGUUUCGGGUAGCCUUCCACAAGCUUCCCACAAUAAGUUGGGUGAAUUUUGGCCCAUUCCUCCUGACAGAGCUGGUGUAACUGAGUCAGGUUUGUAGGCCUCCUUGCUCGCACACGCUUUUUCAGUUCUGCCCAUACAUUUCUAUAGGAUUGAGGUCAGGGCUUUGUGAUGGCCACUCCAAUACCUUGACUUUGUUGUCCUUAAGCCAUUUUGCCACAACUAUGGAAGUAUGCUUGUAGUCAUUGUCCAUUUGGAAGACCCAUUUGCGACCAAGCUUUAACUUCCUGACUGAUGUCUUGAGAUGUUGCUUCAAUAUAUCCACAUAAUUGUCCUUCAACAUGAUGCCAUCUAUUUUGUGAAGCGCACCAGUCCCUCCUGCAGCAAAGCACCCCCACAGCAUGAUGCUGCCACCCCCGUGCUUCACGGUUGGGAUGGUGAUCUUCGGUUUGCAAGCCUUCCCCUUUUUCCUCCAAACAUAACGAUGGUCAUUAUGGCCAAACAGUUCUAUUUUUGUUUCAUCAGACCAGAGGACAUUUCUCCAAAAAGUACGAUCUUUGUCCCCAUGUGCAGUUGCAAACCGUAGUCUGGCUUUUUUAUGUCGGUUUUGGAGCAGUGGCUUCUUCCUUGCUGAGCGGCUUUUCAGAUUAUGUCGAUAUAGGACUCGUUUUACUGUGGAUAAAGAUACUUUUGCACCUGUUUCCUCCAGCAUCUUCACAAGGUCCUUUGCUGUUGUUCUGGGAUUGAUUUGCACUUUUCGCACCAAAGUACGUUCAUCUCUAAGAGACAGAACACGUCUCCUUCCUGAGCAGUAUGACGGCUGCGUGGUCCCAUGGUGUUUAUACUUGCGUACUAUUGUUUGUACAGAUGAACGUGGUACCUUCAGGCGUUUGGAAAUUGCUCCCAAGGAUGAACCAGACAUUUCUGAGGUCUUGGCUGAUUUCUUUUGAUUUUCCAAUGAUGUCAAACAAAGAAGCACUGAGUUUGAAGGUAGGCCUUGAAAUACAUCCACAGGUCCACCUCCAAUUGACUCAAAUGAUGUCAAUUAGCCUAUCAGAAGCUUCUAAAGCCAUGACAUAAUUUUCUGGAAUUUUCCAAGCUGUUUAAAGGAACAGUCAACUUAGUGUACGUACACUUCUGACCAACUAGAAUUGUGAUACAGUGAAUUAUAAGUGAAAUAAUCUGCCUGUAAACAAUUGUUGGAAAGAUUACUUGUGUCAUGCACAAAGUAGAUGUCCUAACCGACUUGCCAAACCUAUAGUUUGUUAACAAGACAUUUGUGGAGUGGUUGAAAAAACGAGUUUUAAUGACUCCAACCUAAGUGUAUGUAAACUUCCGACUUCAACUGUAGGCCUAAUAAAAUACUUCAAAUGGUAGGCUAACUGCAUCUCUCUCUCUCGUGCUCUCUCUCGCGCUCUCUCUCCCUCUCUCCUCUCUCUCUCUCUCUCUCUCUCUCUCUCUCUCUCUCUCUCUCUCUCUCUCUCUCUCUCUCUCUCUCUCUCUCUCUCUCUCUCUCUCUCUCUCUCUCUCUCUCUCUCUCUCUCUCUCUCUCUCUCUCUCUCUCUGUGUGUGUGGUGACUUAAAGAAGAGUAAGGUUAAGGCCUCAACAUCUUGCUGAAUUUACAGUGCAUUUUGAAAGCAUUCAGACCCCUUUGACUUUUUCCACAUUUUGUUGUUACAGCCUUAUUCUAAAAUGUAUUUAAAUAAAUAAAUAAAUCCCUCAUCAAUCUACACACAAUACCCCAUAAUGACAAAGCAAAAACAGGUUUGUAUUUAUUUUAUAAAAACUGAAAUAUCACAUUUACUUAAGUAUUCAGACCCUUUACUCAGUACUUUGUUGAAGCACCUUUGACAGAAAUUACAGCCUUGAGCCUUCUUGGGUAUAAUGCUACACGCUUGGCACACCUGUAUUUGGGGAGUUUCUCCCAUUCUUCUCUGCAGAUCCUCUCAAGCUCUGUCAGGUUGGAUGGGGAGCGUCGCUGCACAGCUAUUUUCAGGUCUCUCCAGAGAUGUUAGAUCGGGUUCAAGUCCGGGCUCUGGCUGGGCCACUUAAGGACAGUCAGAGACAUGUCCCGUUGCCACUCCUGCAUUGUCUUGGCUGUGUGCUUAGGGUCGUUGUCCAGUUGGAAGGUGAACCUUCACCCCAGUCUGAAGUCCUGAGUGCUCUGGAGCAGGUUUUCAUCAAAUAUCUCUCUGUACUUUGCUCCUCUCAUCUUUCCCGUGAUCCUGACUAGUCUCUCUGUCCUUGCCGCUGAAAAACAUCCCCACAGCAUGAUGCUGCACCACCAUGCUUCACCGUAGGGAUUGUGCCAGGUUUCCUCCAGAUGUGACACUUGGCAUUCAGGCCAAAGAGUUCAAUGUUGGUUUCAUCAGACCAGAGAAUCUUGUUUCUCAUGGUCUGAGAGUUCUUUAGGUGACUUUUGGCAAACUCCAAGCGGGCUGUCAUGUGCCUUUUACUGAGUAGUGGCUUCCGUCUGGCCACGCUACCAUAAAGUCCUGAUUUGUGGAGUGCUGCAGAUAAGGUUGUCCUUCUGGAAGGUUAUCCCAUCUCCACUGAGGAACUCUGGAGCUCUGUCAGAGUGACCAUCAGGUUCUUGGUCACCUCCCUGACUCAGUUUGGCCAGGCGGCCAGUUCUAGGAAAAGUCUUAGUGGUUCCAAACUUCUUCCAUUUAAGAAUGACAGAGGCCACUGUGUUCUUGUAAUGUUUUGGUACCCUUCCCCAGAUCUGUGCCUCGACAAAAUGCUGUCUUGGAGCUCUACGGACAAUUCCUUCAGCCUCAUGGCUUGGUUUUUCCUCUGACAUUUUAGUCAUUUAGCAGACGCUCUUAUCCAGAGCGACUUACUUGAGCAAUUAGGGUUAAGUGCCUUGCUCAAGGGCACAUCAACAGAUUUUUCACCUAGUCAGCUCGGGGAUUAUAACCAGCGACCUUUCGGGACAGCUUUAUGUAGGCCAUAACAGUUUGUGGGCACCGUUUGUCGCCGUUAUAGUGCAAUUAAUGUAUUGUUUAGUGUUGUGUUGUGUAGUGGCUUUGCUGGCAUGCAUUUAAAAAAAUAUAUGCGUUUGCCCCAACCAAGAUGUACAUGCUAAAAUUGCCACUGACUGCAAUGUGUACAGUAUUAUUUGGGUUGCUACACCUCGUCUGUGCACCCCUUUACUGACAAUCAGUUGCACGACAGCUGUGGUACUGUAUUUAGAGGCUGUCUUAAAACAGCAACCAUGAACACCCUUAUCUCAGUAGCUCUUUGUGUGUGCAAUUGCAUCAUCUGGCAUCAUAACUUUCAACAUUAUUUUUGCACUUUGUCAUUGUCACUGCUCAUUCCAGUAGAACAUUAAUGAAAGAUUUCCAUGGAAGUUGGCAUCACUCAGAAUAUAUUGGAUUGCAGCUAUGUUCUACACUGCAGCCAUGGGAUUGUGAACCAAUCGAAAGUGGAUUGAAGCGUAAGUAGCCUUUUCCCCGUAACCCAAUCAGCAUCGCGAAUGCAUGAGUCACCAUCCAAAGUCUAAUUAAUAUCUUAACCAUGUUUCAAAGGCAUAUUCAGCGUCAGUUAUUUUUGUACACAUCUACCAAUCGGUGCCAUUCUUUGUGAGGCAUUGAAAAACCUCCCUGGUUUUUGUGGUUGAAUCUGUGCUUGGAAUUCACUACUCGAUUGAGGGACCUUACAGAUAAUUGUAUGUGUGGUAUACAGGGAUGGAGUAGUCAUUUAAAAUUCAUGUUUAUUGAACACGGAAUGAGUCGAUGCAACAUAUUAUGCGAUUUGUUAAGUACAUUUUUACUUAUUUAGCCUUGCUAUAACAAAGGGGUUGAACAAUUACUGACUGAAGACAUUUCAGCUUUACAUUUUCUAUUAAUUUCUAUAAUUUCUAUGAACUAAAUUCCACUUUGACAUUAUGAGGUAUUGUUUGUAGAUCAGUGACACAAAAUCUAAAUUUAACACAUUAUAAAUUCAGGCCGUAACACAACAAAAUGUGUAAAAAGUGAAGUGGUGUGAAUACUUUCUGUGGGAAUGGACUAAGAUCCCUCCCAAUGUGCUCUCCAAUUUUGGAAUAGUAAUUUUUGCACUUUGUCAUUGUCAUUCCUCAUUCUAGUAGAACAUUAAUGAAAGAUUUCCAUGGAAGUUGGCAUCACUCAGAAUAAAUUGGGUUGCAGCUAUGUUCUGCUCUGCAGCUGUGGGAUUGUGAGCCAAUCAACAGUGGAAUUAAGAGUUGCAUCUACCCCAUAAUCAGCAUACAUGAGUCACUCCCACAACAUUCCCUUACAUGGCACAGAGGACUGAACGGGGCAGUUGUUGCUAUUACAUUUGUUGGAUGAAAUUAAAAUAAAGCUUUUUGGCCACGCACACUAGUUGCGGGUUUGGCGUUAAAAUAAGGAAGCAUAAGCAGAAAGGGAACCCCAUACCUACUGUAAAAUAUGGAGGUGGCCCUUUGAUGUUAUGGGGCUAUUUUGCUUCUGCUGGUUCUGGGGCCCUUUUUAAGGUCAACGGCAUCAUGAACUUUAAACACUACCAGGACAUUUCAGCCAAAAACCUGGUUGCCUUUGCCCGGAGGCUGACACUUGGCCGCAAGUGGAUCUUUCAGCAAGACAAUAACCCUAAGUACACAUCAAAAUCCACAAAUAAAUUGUUAAUUGACCACAACAUCAACAUUUUUCAAUGGCCAUCAGUCUCCUGACUUGAACCCCAUUGGAAAAUGUGGUUUGAAUUGAACAGGGUAGUCCAUAAGUGCAGAUGAAGCAUACCAAGGAUCUAGAAAGAUUCUGUAUGGAGGAAUGGUCCAAGAUCCCUCCCAAUCAUGUUAGAAAAAGGCUCAGUGCUGUUAUCCUCACAAGGUGAGGUAUUGAAAUGUAUUGAAAUCAGGGGUGCCAGUUAUUUUGACCCCUAUCUUUUUGAGAAAAUCUCAUUUUAGGUAACCCAAUCAGCAUCGUGUAUGCAUGAGUCACUUCCACACUCUGCCCUUACAUGGCACAGAGGACUGAACAGGGUCUUCAGAUGGAUAUAAAGCUGCCAGUUCAGAGACAACAUAACCACAACUAUAAAUACUUUCACUACUACUACUACUACUACUACUACUACUACUACAGAACCACAAGGUAAUAUUCUAUUAUUUAUCAUUAUUUUAGAUGAACUCAAUGGACAUUGAAUCUGUCUUUUUGGUCACAAUUUUAGACCGAAUAAUGCUAGCUGUAGAUUGGACUGGUACCAAAAGAAGAAAUCCCUUCCAGUGAUUGCAUAAGAAACUGUAAUUUCAUCAAUACUCUGGGAAGAGUAUUUAAGUAUUUAUUUAAUUAACAUUUCCAUUUAAUGUAAUUUCCACUCCAGUUUCAGGACUUGACAGCAACCAUGAACAAGGAGACAGCUGUCACAAUCCUAAACGGCAUGGAGAAAGUCUCCACCUUCGCUGCCACCAUAAACCCACUCUUCAACAUAGUCACCGCAGUGGUGAAGGUGACAAAGGGCCUGGUCGCCAAAGACCUCACUCAAGACAAGGACGUCAAAACAUUCGGCCACAUCCAGGCCAAGCUGGAAAGCAUCUCCAAGACAAACCAGCAGAUUCUGAAGCAGAUUCACCUGGACGAGGUCAUUGAGAAUUACAGCAAAUAUGAAGAUCAAAUCAAGCACCAGUACACUGCCCUCAACACCAUGGUGGAGCAGAUUGAAAAAGACCCUGAAGGAAGAGAGGGCUACAUGGCAGAGUUCCAGAGGGUCUAUGAGAGAGACAAGAGUACCCUUGCUCUGAACACGUACUACAGCGGGGUCAUAGAAGAGGAGAAAACUUUUGAACAAAGGGGUUUGCUGGAGGUGUACCUAGAGCACUACAAGCAAAACCGAGGCGACAUGGAGAAAAAGUGUUCCCAACUGGCUAAUGUCUUUCGCAUGGGCCUGAUGACACUAAUGGCAUAUACGGUGGUCACAGAGGAUGAUGAGGAUGAAGUCAGGAUGAAAUGGGCCCCCAAGGUGGAGAAGAUUCAGGCCAAGAUGAAUGAGGCGCUGGCCCAGUGUGAAGGGAACUGAUCCACAUUCACUCCCAGGGUUGGGUGGGCAUGAGGGCUUUAAGGUUAAAGGUUAUUUGGUGACUACUAGUACUCUUCCUUCAAUUAAAAAAUAAUAGUCAUUUCCUUUUGGGUGGUGGGCAAUUCCUUUGUCAAUGAAUGGAAUGGAUUAAGUAUAGAUUUUAUAAUAUUUUGCAAUGAGCAGUGUUGCACUUCAGCCCUCAUGUUUUCUAUUUUACACUGUCAAGUUCAUUUUCAGAAAUGAGUCUGAAUGCAUGCAUUAUGAACCUUGUAUACAGUAUCUUUGGUUUUUGUUCCUUGAAUUAAAUGUGUUUUCUAAGUAAAUGCUUUUUUGCACUUAAUAAGAAAAAUACGUUAUCACAUAUGGUGUGUUGUUAUUCAUUAUUUAAGCUCUUAGAUGGAAUGUAAAUGGAACCAAUUAUGUUAAAAGGUAGUCCACUCCAGAGCCAUAUACAGUAUACUGUACUGUUUUGUGGUAUCAAAAAAUUGCUUCACAUGUUUUGGAAACGUUCAGAAAUGAACAGCACAUUGUGGAAGUGUCAAUUAUCACUUAGAAAUGGCUAUGGAGGACAAAGUGGCGCUCUUGGAAUGUUCAGACAGAAACCGCAUUGGCCCAACUCUCUAUAUAUACAAACAAACCUAUAAACGCCACAUGCAACAAUUUCAAAGAUUUUACUGUUACAGUUCAUUUAAGGAAAUCAGUCAAUUUAAAUAAGUAAAUUAGGCCCUAAUCUAUGGAUUUCGCAUGACUGGGAAUACAGAUAUGUAUCUGUUGGUCACAGAUACCUUUAAAAAAAGUAGGGGCGUGGAUCAGAAAACCGGUCAGUAUCUGAUGUGUCAACCAUUUGCCUCAUGCAGCGCGACACGUCUCCUUCACAUAUCAGGCUGUUGAUUCUGGCCUCUAGAAUGUUAUCCCACUCCUCUUCAAUGGCUGCUGGAUAUUGGCGGGAACAGGAGCAUGCUGUCGUACAUGUCGAUCCAGAGCAUCCCAAACGUGCUCAAUGGGUGACAUGUCUGGUGAGUAUUCAGACCAUGGAAGAACUUGGAUAUUUUCAGCUUCCAGGAAUUGUGUACAGAUUAUUGUGACAUGGGGCCGUGCAUUAUCAUGCUGAAACUUGAGGUGACGGCGGCGGAUGAAUGGCACGACAAUGGGCCUCAGGAUCUAGUCACUGUACCUCUGUACAUUAAAAUUGCUAUCAAUAAAAUGAAAUUGUAAUUGUUGUCCGUAGCUUAUGCUUGCCCAUACCAUAACCCCACUGCCACCAUGGUGCACUCUUUUCACAACGUUGACAUCAGCAAACCGCUCGCCUAUACAACGCCAUACACGCUAUCUGCCAUCUGCCUGGUACAGUUGAAACCGGGAUUAAUCCAUGAAGAGGACACUUCUCCAGCGUGCCAGUGGCCAUCGAAGGUAGCAUUUUCCCACUGAAGUCUUUUACGAUGCCGAACUGCAGUCAGGUCAAGACCCUGGUGAGGACGAUGAGCACGCAGAUGAGCUUCCCUGAGACGGUUUCUGACAGUGUGUGCAGAAAUUCUUUGGUUGUGCAAACCCACAGUUUCAUCAGUUGUCCUGGUGGCUGGUCUCAGAUGAUCCCGCAGGUGAAGAAGCCUGAUGUGAAGGUCCUGGGCUGGCGUGGUUACACGUGGUCUGCAGUUGUGAGGCCGGUUGGACGUACUGCCUCAUUUUCUAAAACGAUAUUGGCUUAUGGUAGAGAAAUUAACAUUACAUUCUCUGGCAAUAGCUCUAGUGGACAUUCCUGCAGUCAGCAUGCCAAUUGCACACUCCCUCAAAACUUGAGACAUCUGAGGCAUUGUGUUGUGUGACAAAACUGCACAUUUUAGACUGGCCUUUUAUUGUUUCCAGCACAAGGUGGACCUGUGUAAUGAUCAUGCUGUUUAAUCAGCUUCUUGAUUUGCCACACCUGUCAGGUGGAUGGAUUAUCUUGGCAAAGGGGAAAUGCUCACUAACAGGGAUGUAAAGAAAUGUGUGCACAAAAUUUGAGAGAAAUAAGCUUUUUGUCCGUAAGGAAAAUUUCUGGGAUCUUUUAUUUCAGCUCAUGAAACAUGGGACCAACACUUUACAUGUUGCAUUUAUAUUUUUAUUCAGUGUAUUUACAGAGUUACAGAAACACUGUGAAAUUGUUAAAAAGCUAACACUUUCAAAAGUGUAACAUUAACUAUGUGCGGUAUGGGACAAUAUAGUGAGUGUUACAUUUAACACUAUUAGAGCUUAACACUUCCACUUGUGAUUUUGCUUUGUACAAUGAACUUUCUUUUUUUAACAACUUGUCAAUACAUUGCUCUACUCUCUCUUUCUCUCAGGCUUCUGUCUCUGUAUCAGAAGCUACCAUCCUCCCCAACCCUAUCAAGCACUGCCAGGUUUUGACCCCUGUGUCAUGACUUCCAGCUUGCCAUCAUGUCGGAGAUGGAGAUUGUGGAAGACCGGGCCAAGCUGAAACAGGGCCUGGUGAAGGUGCUGCAGUGUGUGACCACCAUCUUCUCAGCGGUGGCUGUGGUCAACCCCAUUUUUGGCGUGGCCGGCUCUCUAAUCCGAGUGGUGCUGCACCACGUGGACGAUGAGGACAUCCAGACGCUGAAGCGCGAGUUUGGCUAGGUCAACCGUGCCCUGGACCAGCUGGCCCAGCAGAACCGCAGCUCCCUGCUGCAGAUCAAGAAGGAGAUGCUGGAUGACCAGUACUGCCAUGUGGCGGAGAACCUGCGCAACCAGUCCCUCAAGUUCAUAGAGAUGGUGGCGGUGCGGCCCGAGUACUGUGAGCGCAAGAAGGACGACUUCAAGGAGAGCUACUCUAAUGACCUGGGCGACCAGAACCUGCACACGCUCUACGAGGUCAUGGUGGGCAAGCCCAAGCUGUUCAGCCGGCCCAUCCUGGAGGGUUGA